AUGCCAUUGACACCAACUCACAAUUAUUUUUUACAGGGUGACCAUGUUUGGGUCGAUCCGCAAACCGGCAGUGAGUUCAAUGUUGAAAUUGGUGCUCGCGUGGUUGCUACGCAAACCGGACAAAUUAUUUUAACUGAUGAUAAUGAACAAGAACUUAAAUUCCCUAUACAAACUAAAUUCCGUUUAAUGCACAUCACUUCUAUCGAAGGCGUCGAUGAUAUGAUUCUAUUGGGUGAUCUGAAAGAAUCUGCUAUACUUCACAAUCUUCAUAUGCGAUAUAAACAAAAUCAUAUUUAUACUUAUACAGGAUCAAUUUUAGUAGCUGUUAAUCCAUAUAAAUUAUUAAAUAUUUAUAAUAUUGAAAAUAUUCGUCAAUAUUCUAAUAAAAAAAUCGGUGAACUACCGCCACAUAUUUUCUCCAUUGGUGACAAUGCAUACUGGAGUAUGCAACGUUAUCAACAUGAUCAAUGUAUUAUCAUAAGUGGGGAGAGUGGCAGUGGAAAAACUGAAUCAACAAAAUUAAUUCUUCAAUUUUUGGCUGCUACUAGUGGUCAACAUUCAUGGAUCGAACAACAAAUUCUUGAUGCUAAUCCUAUACUUGAAGCUUUUGGUAAUGCCAAAACUGUACGUAAUGACAACUCGUCUCGUUUUGGAAAAUAUAUUGACAUACAUUUUGAUAAACGUGGAACUAUUGAAGGAGCAAAAAUCGAACAAUAUCUAUUAGAAAAAUCUCGUAUUGUAUCUCAGGCUCGUGAUGAACGAAAUUAUCAUGUCUUUUAUUGUUUGUUAUCGGGAAUGUCGAAAGAAGAAAAAAAAUCGUUAGAUCUAACUGCCGCUAGCGAUUAUGUUUAUCUAAAUCAGCUUGAUGGAACUAUUUAUUGUGAUAGUAGAGAUGACGCAAAAGAAUGGUCAAUAAUCAAAAGUGCUUGCAAAGUGUUAAUGUUCAGUGAUGAAGAGCUACAUGACAUAUUUCGAUUAUUAGCAGCUAUUUUACAUUUAGGAAAUUUAAAAUUUGAAGCUACAACCACUCAAAAUAUGGAUACAUGUGUCGUAUCCAAUACAAAUAUCCUUCGAAUUAUUUCAAGAUUGCUCAAACUUGAUGAACAUGGCCUUAGCGAAGGCCUAUCAAAACGUACCCUACUUGCUCAUGGCGAAGCUGUUAUUACUCCACUUACUCAGGAACAAGCGUUUGAUAUUCGUGACGCAUUUGUUAAAGGAAUAUAUGGCAAAAUGUUUAUCUGGAUUGUUGAUAAAAUCAAUUCAACAAUCUAUAAACCCAAAGAAGCAGCAGCAUAUAGAAAAAGCCUUGGAAUCUUAGAUAUCUUUGGUUUUGAAAAUUUUCAACGAAAUAGUUUUGAACAAUUGUGCAUAAAUUAUGCCAAUGAAAAUCUACAACAAUUUUUUGUGCAUCAUAUAUUUAAACUUGAACAAAAAGAGUACGAUAAUGAACACAUCAAUUGGAAACAUAUAUCCUUUGAAGAUAAUCAGACCAUACUUGAUUUAAUAGCAAUUAAAUCUAUGAAUAUCAUCGCUUUGAUCGAUGAAGAAAGUCGUUUUCCGAAGGGGACAGAUCGUUCCCUAUGUGAUAAACUUCAUGUCAAUCAUGGGAAAAAUGAAAAUUUCAUUCCGAGAAAAACUGACAAUGCUAUCCGUUUUGGUAUUCGACAUUUUGCCGGUCAUGUUUAUUACGAUUGUGACAAUUUUCUCGAGAAGAAUCGUGAUACAUUUAGUCAAGAUCUAAUGAAAUUAUUACAAGAAACAAAAAGUGAAUUUUUGAGAAAUCUAUUUAUCAAUGAAAGUCAAAUCGGAACUGAAACACGAAAACGAGCACCAACACUUGGCGCACAAUUUAAAAAAUCACUUGACUUACUGAUGAGUACAUUAUCGGCAUGUCAACCAUUUUUUGUUCGUUGCAUUAAACCAAAUGAAUAUAAAGCAUCGGAUAAUUUCGAUCGUAUAUUAGUUUGUCGACAGUUACGCUAUUCGGGCAUGAUGGAAACAAUUAGCAUUCGACGAAAAGGUUAUCCAAUACGACAUUUAUUCCGAGAUUUCGUUGACCGAUAUCGAUUAUUGGCACCUGGUAUUGGACCAUCGCAUCGCGAAGGAGAUUGCCGAGCAGCUGCUGAGAAAAUCUGUAAAACAGCUUUAGCGAAUCAAGAUUUUCAAAUUGGUAAAACAAAAGUUUUUCUCAAGGAUGCACAAGAUGUUUUUCUUGAGCAAGCUCGUGAAAAAGUAAUGGCACGAAAAAUUCUCAUAUUACAAAAUACAAUUCGUCAAUGGAUAGCUCGUCGACAAUUUCUUGCUUUACGUGAAAGUGUUCUUCUCAUUCAACGCUACUCGAAGAGUUACCGCGAUGCUAGACGUUUUCAAAUUAUGUCCAAUGGUUUUACACGUCUACAAACACAGUUUCAUACUCGCAUGUUAACACUGCGUUAUUCGAUUUUACGUUCACGCAUACUCAAUCUUCAACGCUUUUGUCGCGGCUAUCUUGCUCGUCAAAAUUAUAAAAGAAAAGUAAAUGCAAUACUUAUUUUACAAUCCGAAGUUCGACGUCAUAUUGCGCAAAAGCAGAUGCGUCGAUAUCGUAUCGAAUCAAAGAUGUUCCGUGAAGCUGAACAAGAACGAUAUGAAGAAGAAAAACGUUUGAUACCAACACUAGGCGCUAAACGUGCGAAAGAAGAAGCUGAGAAAAAAUAUCAAGAACGACUAAAGAUUCUUCAACGUGAAAUUCACGAGCAAGAACGUCUCGAACAGCAACGUGCAAAAGAAAAACGUUUGUUAAUGGAACGAAAAAACCAUCCAGACGAUAAUGAUUUGUUUAAUACUUUGUUUCCAUCAACUGGCGAUGAACGAAGCAAGCCAAUACAUCGUCCACCGACUUCGACAACUGGUGGUAUGCAAUCCACAUUAGGCAAUAUGCCUGAAUCCUUGGAUAACGUCGAACGAAUCGAUAAACCAUUACCGUUACCAUAUCAAGAUGAAGACUUGAAGGAAUAUACAUUCGCAAAAUUUGCUUCAACUUAUUUUCAAGGCAAUGCGACACCGUCGUUUACUAGGAAAACUCUUAAACAGCCAUUAUUAGCAAUUAAAUCGGAACGAGAUCAACUGGCUGCAUUGGCUAUCUGGAUCACAAUCCUUCGAUUUAUGUGCGAUUUACCCGAUAUUCGUACGCCCAAUGUUUUACAAAAAAAACAAUCAGUUAUGAACAAAAUUCAUUCCACACUCGGUAGGAAAUUCAAUAAAAAAGAUUUAGAAGAAGCACAAAAAUUAAACGAAGCCAUCGAUAAUCAACCUGCAUUAUCACCACCAGAUAAUUCAUUAUCCAUGCAAACAAAUAAUAGUACAUCGCCAACAUCAACUAAGCCAACAUCACGUUCGGUUAAACAAAAAUUAGUUAACAUGACAUUGAAACGAAAAUCAAAAUUAUCUACGGAUGUCGCUAUGACACGUUUGAAAGAUUUAGAUCUACUAAGUACAUCACAACAAAUCAAACUAUCUGGUAUGAAUCCAUUUCUAGAAGAUCGACCAACAUCGAAUUUAGAAAAAUUACAUUUCAUCAUUGGCCUCGGCAUUCAUGUUGCUGAGCUACGCGAUGAAAUUUAUUGUCAAAUAUGUAAACAAUUAACAUCAAAUCCAUCGUCACAAUCAAUUGCACGUGGCUGGAUUUUACUUUCAUUAUGUGUCGGUUGUUUUGCUCCGUCGACGAAAUUAAUUAAAUAUUUACAAAAUUUUAUUUUAAAUGGCCCAAGUGGUUUUCCACGAUAUUGUUAUGAACGUUUAGCAAGAACUAUAAUGAAUGGACUUCGUACACAACCACCAUCAUGGCUUGAAUUGCAAGCUACAAAACAUAAAGAACCAUUAUUACUUCAAAUAACAUUCAUGGAUGGUAGUUCUAAAGCAUUAAAAGCUGACUCGGCUACAACAGCUCGUGAACUAUGUGAUUUAUUAGCUGAAAAAAUUAAUUUAACAGAUAAAUUUGGUUUUUCAUUAUAUAUUGCAUUAUUCGAUAAAGUGUCUUCGCUUGGCUCGGGCAUGGAUCAUGUCAUGGAUGCUAUAUCACAAUGUGAACAAUAUGCUAAAGAACAAGGAACAUUAGAAAAAAUUGCACCAUGGAGAUUAUUUUUUCGAAAGGAAAUCUUUGCUCCAUGGCAUAAUCCACAGGAUGAUCCAGUAGCAACAAAUUUAAUCUAUCAACAAGUUGUACGUGGUAUUAAAUUUGGCGAAUAUCGUUGUGAAAAGGAUGAUGAUUUGGCUAUGAUAGCUGCUCAACAAUAUUUCAUUGAAUAUGGCCAAGAAAUGCAUGUCGACCGUUUACGUGAAUUACUUCCUCAUUACAUUCCCGAUAGUCAACUUGUUCAAAAUAAAGCCACAGAACGUUGGUUACAAAUAAUAAUUCACGCUCAUAAACGAUAUUUUACUAAUCCAAAAGAUUCCGUAUCUGUUCUACGUGUUAAAGAAGAUGUGGUUAAUUAUGCACGAUUUAAAUGGCCAUUAUUAUUUUCACGUUUUUAUGAAGCCUAUAAAUUUUCCGGGCCAACACUACCGAAAAAUGAAGUUAUUAUUGCUGUUAAUUGGACGGGUGUUUAUGUUAUUGAUGAUCAAGAACAAGUUUUACUUGAAUUAUCAUUUCCUGAAAUAACUCAAAUACUCAGUAGUAAAUCGACAUCGAGACAACAGAACAAUAGUUUCACAAUAGUAACAAUUAAAAAUGAAGAAUAUACAUUUACAUCGAAUAAUGCGGAUGAUAUACGCGAUUUAAUUAUUAAUUUCUUAGAAGGUCUUAAACGAAAAUCGAAAUAUGUUGUUGUUAUACAAGAUUACGAACCGCAAGGACAAGGUUUAGCUAUACGUCGUGGCGAUGUUAUUAUAUUAGAAGAACAAACACGUGCCAAUGUCUCAGGUUACUUAUUUGGUUAUAACGAACGUACAGGCGCAACAGGUGAAUUUCCGAGUGAAUGCGUUUAUGUUCUGCCAACACUAUCGAAACCACCACAAGAAAUUCUACAAAUAUUUACAUUACAAUGGUCCGAUGAUAAUCAACAGAAACUGCAAAAUGAACAUUUAUUUUCGGGCUUCUCGGUCAGCGGAAAUAACAAUGGAGAAUUUUUACCUGAACAAGGUCAUACAUUAGAAAAAUAUGCUGAAACAAAUUUUCGUGUACCACCUAAACGUUCAUGGUCGAAUACAUUUGCACGACGUGGUGGCUUGAACACUGGCGGAGAUCGUCUAUGGGCAUUUCAAAAAGAACCCUUGAGACAACCAUUGCUGAAAAAAUUACAAGAAAAAUUAGAACUCAGUGAAGAAGCUUGCGCUUGCUUUAUGAACGUUCUUAAAUAUAUGGGCGAUUAUCAAAGCAAUAUACGGCGUCGAGCAACUAAUGAGCUAACCGAUGCAAUCUUCGACCCGGCACUUAAACAUGAAAUUUUGAAAGAUGAAGUCUAUUGUCAAAUCAUUAAACAAUUAACCGACAAUGGACAUCAAGCAAGUGAAUCUCGUGGUUGGGAAUUGAUGUGGCUAGCAAGUGGAUGUUUUGCGCCAAGUGCUGUUCUACUUCGCGAAGUUAAUCUAUUUCUACGUUCAAGAAAACAUCAAUUAGCUGCCGACUGUUUUGCUCGAUUACAACGAACGCUGAAAAAUGGUCAACGAAAACAUCCACCACAUCAAGUUGAAGUUGAAGCCAUUCAGCAUAUGACAACACAAAUUUAUCAUAAAGUUUAUUUUCCUGACGACACAUCCGAAGCAUUCGAAGUUGAUUCAUCGACGCGUGCAAAAGACUUCUGUAAAAAUGUUGCUGAUCGACUCAAAUUGCAAUCAAGCGAAGGAUUCAGUUUAUUUGUUAAAAUUCUUGAUAAAGUUAUUAGUGUACCCGAAGGAGACUUCUUCUUUGAUUUUGUUCGACAUUUAACUGAAUGGAUUAAAAAAACGAAACAACGUGAAGAUCCACCAAAAUAUACCUAUCAAAUAUUUUUUAUGAGAAAACUAUGGACUAAUGCUAUACCCGGAAAAGAUCGAAUGGCUGAUAUUAUCUUUCAUUAUCAUCAAGAAUUGCCCAAAUUAAUUCGUGGUUAUCAUAAAUGUUCCAUUGAUGAUGCUGUUCAACUGGCCGCUUGUAUAUAUCGUGUUCGGUUCGGUGAGAAUGCAGCUCUAUUCGAAAAUAUUCAAUUAAAAGACUUUCUUCCGUCUGAUCUUGUUGACAAACUUCCUUAUGCUGACUGGCGAAAGCGUAUCAUGAGUUCUCAUGCCGAAUCACAUAGUUUGACAUCUGAAGAUGCGAAAACAAAAUUUCUUAAAAUUCUCUAUCAAUGGCCGACAUUCGGUUCUGCAUUUUUUGAAGUGAAGCAAACAUCUGAUCCAACUUAUCCUGAACAAUUAUUAAUAGCAAUUAAUAAAAACGGUGUAAAUUUAAUUCAUCCUAAAUCCAAAGACCUACUAAUUACGUAUCAAUUUACCAGCAUCUCAAAUUGGUCUAGUGGAAAUACUUAUUUUAAUAUGACGGUGGGUGACAUUGUUCGAGGUACUCGUUUAUUAUGCGAAUCCCCAUUAGGUUAUAAAAUGGAUGAUCUACUGACAUCUUAUAUAAGUUUGAUGGUACAAAAUAUGCAUCGUCAAUCAACAAGUGCAUCUUCUUCACGACAAUAA